UCCCCGACCGACUCCUCCACCCAUCCAUCGACGGGACCAAGAAACUAACCCUAGCCGACUCCACCUCCAUCGAUCCAUCCAUGGAGGCGUCCAAGUUCGGCUUCGGGCCCGACACGCCGCCGGCGUUCAAGUUCGACCCCACCGACGCCGACAUCGUCGCCGGCUACCUACUCCCCCGCGCGCUCGGCCUCCCCAACCCGUACGCGCACGCCAUCAUCGAGGACGACCCCGCGAGCGCCCCGCCGUGGGAGCUCCUCCGGAGGCACUACGGCAGCGGCCGGGUCGACCACGCCUUCUUCUUCGGGCCCCCCGCGAACGGCCGCCGCAAGAGCCGCACCAUCAAGGGCGCCGGCGUCUGGCAGGGGCAGAAGGGGUCCCAGGGCACCGUCACCCUGCUCCGCCCCGGCGGCGGCGAGCUGGACGUCACGUACAAGCGGUACGACCUCACCUUCUGCCGCGCCAAACACGGGGGCAGCACGGGGUACGUCAUGCACGAGUACGAGAUCAUAUCGCCGCCGCUCCCCGGCACGGUGCUCAGCCGCGUCAACAUCAACAAGCACCCCAAGAAGAAAAGGGCCGCCGCCGGCGAGCGGCCAGGCACGAGCUACCAGUACGAUGCCUCUGCGAUGCCGAGCGACAGCAGUGGAUUCAGUUUCAGUGACGCACAAGCCGGUGCUCUCUGUGGCGGCAACGGCGGUGGCAUGCCAGAUGCCGGCUGCUAUUAUGCUCGUCUCAAGUAUGCGUUCCCGGAGGACUGCUGCCUCCCGGCCACAGAUCAGCCUGGCGCGAGCUACAAUGCGGCGGCGAUGAAUAGCGACGGCCAAGGAUUCGCCGGCGCUCAAGUUGAUGCUUUCUCUGGUGGCGGCAUGGUGGAUACGGACGCCGCGUACAACAACUAUUACGGCCAGUACCAAGAGGUUGCCCCAUGGUCUUGUCAGCUGGGCCAGAGCCACAACCACGGCCAAUACUUGUCCGGAGAUGCCGCCGUGAUGCGCUCCCACGGCGAGGGGUUCAGCGUCCAGCAACCAGCCGGUGCUCUCUCUUGCUACGUCGAAAAUGCCGCCCUGAUGUGCUCCGGCGGCGAGCAACAAGCCGGCGCGCUAUGUGGCUACAACAAUACUGGCAGUGUCAUGCCAACUGAGGGCGCGAGCUCAACUAUUUCGCUCCGCGAUGGCGGGGAGAACGGAGACAAGAUCAAUGAUGUCUUGUUCGGCAACCACGACGGCGAAUUCAACCGUGAGAUGAGCGACCAGGAGAUCUACGACGUCUUGUUCGGGGACAACUACGACGGCCACGUCAAUUGUGAACAGAGCGAUGCCGGUGACGCGGCCACAAAUCCAGAGUGAAUUAGUCGAAGCAAUGCCUCUGCGAUGGGAUAGUGUCUCGAGUGCACCCUCUUAGAGCACAAUAAGCACUUAUUUCUAAGACUCAUCUAGAUGUGAGGUCCCUUUGUUUAUCCUUGUGUGUUUGUUGGGUCAUGCUACGCGUCGGCCAAUGAAUCUUUUAAAAAGGUCCACCGCCUCGCGAGCCGUCCGAUUGUACGAGGCGAGCUGUCCGUCUUUCUUCUCUUGUUUCCUGCAACAAUGCUCUUGUUGCAAAAACUCUUCUUCUCUAAGUUUCUGCAACAAGUGCCAUGUCAAAAAUCUCUUCUUCUCUAAUUUUCUGCAAUAGGAUCUCUAUUGCAAAAUAUUCUCUUCUCUAAUUUCCUGCAACAAGACCCCCGUUGCAAAACUUUUUUCUUUCCUAUUUUUCUGCAACAAGACCCUUGAUGCAAAACUUCUUUUCUAUAUUUCUGUAUCAAGACCCUUGUUGCAAAACCUCUAUUGCAAAUAGGACCCAACAUCUCCAGCCUCUUCUAUGUAUUCAUGCAACAAGGCUGUUGUUGCGAAAACUUGCUAAGAACGCCGAUGACUGCAACGGAGAGAGCACCCCGUAGUCUCUGCAGCACCCGCAUUUUUACGGCGGAGGAAGGACGCCAGUGGCCACCGCUGAUGUGGUGGCAACGUGCUUGUUUGAGAAGAGGUGGGGAUGAGAUCCAUGAAAAGAGGCACUGGAUGAAGAGAUAGAAGUAGGGGAUGCGAGGGUCAACAGGAGAGUGUGUGGCUGUUGGGAUAAGGAUGAAGAGGUGAGCGGUAGAUGUGCCCCACAUGGGACACGUGGCAAGCAGGGAAG